UGGAGUAUUGUCAGAAGAGGAGGGAUAAAACUGAGAGGUAACAAGGGAGGAGCCCUGAGAAAAAUAUAUAUCCUUCACGCUUCCUCUACUGAUCAGUCUUUCACACCUUCCAUCCUUCUGAAACCGUCAUCAUUUAGCAUCAACAUGAGAGCUCUUGUUUUGCUGUGUCUGGUGCAUGUAGCUCUUGCAAGAAACUAUGGCUGGACCCCACCUGACCCGAACCGUCCAACGUCAGCUCCAGGCCCCAAUGCAGGCAAUGCAUGCCAAAAAAACGACCAGUAUUGUGGUUGCUGCAUGAUGGUGCAAGAGACGAACAGGUUGCAGAUGUACUUCAACGAGACCCUGAAUAGGGUGGAGGAAGAAUUCAAUAAGACAAAACAGUAUCUCAGUAUGAUCAAAGACAGUCGUGUUGCCUUCUCUGUUGCUUUGAACAAUGAGUCAAAUAUGGUUUGCUUCGGUCCUUUCCGUGCCGACGCUUCUGUCAUCUACCGACACGUCUUCCUCAAUCUGGGAGGCGACUACAAUGUGAGCACUGGUGUCUUCACUGUUCCCCGCUCUGGUGUCUACAGCCUCGCCCUCACCGUCUACAGUGACGCUGGCACUCCUGGCGGCAGCCUGGCCGCCUGCGCCACCCUGCAAGUUAACGGCAAAGUGGUGGCAGGACCCAGUGAAAGAAACACGCAAGACCAAGAGGACAGUGUCACCAUUGUUUUGGCCCUUCACCUAAAGGCAGGGGACAAGGUGGCGGUCAACCUGCCCACAGGAUGUUUCCUCUGUGACGACAAGAGCCACUAUAACACUUUCUCUGCUUUUCUUCUGUAUUGUACUGAAUAAGAUAGUGAACGGUUCUUUGUACCAACUCUUGCAAGGUACAUGAAAACUUUCUGUAGCUUUUCAGGGAUGCACGGUCUUAAAUCCAUCACAUGUGGAUUCAACUUGUGCGGUCUGUAAGCUUACAAACCUAACAAAAAAGCAUCUUUGCUCUGUAACAGCUUAUCUUUUUCGAUGGAAUCCAACAUUUUAGAGAAACAUACAUCAUGUCCAUGCACCUGUUAAAUUACCAGAAAUGAAAUCAAGAUUUUAAACAAAGCAGUUGUUCUUAUAGAUGAUUUCCUACACGAGAUGUUUGGCGUCUACACUGGAGAAGUUGUUAAAAUAAAAAUAAACUAUUGGAAUAUUA